AUGUCUAUCCCUUCUCGCAGCAGCAGCAGCAACAGCAACAGCAACAGCAACAGCAACAGCCACACUAACUUCGUUCAGAACGCCAGUCUAGUCAACCCCAACAGCCCGGACAGCACCCUAACCUCUGACCCUACUGAUCUCUGUGACCAGAUCCCGCCCACUCCGGACCACCUGGUCGCCACGGUCGCUCCCAACCCACAAAACAACCCUUUCCGGGAACCCCUCCGUGCCUACCUCCCAGCCGCCGCCGAGAUGCUCUCUCCUCCCCGGGCCCCGGCCUCCGCCCGCUUCCGUGACGCUGUUCAGCGCACGAAUCACCACCCCGUCUGGCUCGAGGACCCAAACGAGGAUGUCCCCCAGCCAGAAACCUCCCGGCGCUGUUCCCAACAAGCCAUCCACCCAUGCUUCUGCCACAACAACGCGGAGCGCCGCGGCUUGACCUGCGACCGUUGCGUACGUGGCAACUGCUCUGUAUACCGCCUGCUUCAGCGGGGCUCCGUCGCGGAGCUCGAGAUAACCCUUUGUACCAAGCUGGCCCGCGGCCGCCGCGGCGCUGAGCAACUUGAAAGAGAUGUCCAGGCCGCGCUGGGAGUCCCUCGUACCCACGAGGCCUACGCUGCUGCUGAAGUUACUGAAGCUGAUGACGGUAGGUUGUCGACACCGGCCGCUGCUCGCCUCCCCGGUACCGGGCCUGACAGUCUGGUGCGGCGCACCAUCGAAGACGCCGUUGCUGAGAUUCGACGCCUCGCAGGGGGACGCUGUGACGACGACCCGUCUAAUGAGGCUAAUGAGGCUGACGGAGAGAACUAG